CUGCUGUCACUGCAACCGCUGAAACGUCACGAGUGGAUUUUUUGUAACAUAUUAAUUAGAUUAAUAAUUUAUUGGUGUCAAUAGAUUUAGUUCAAAUUUAUAUAAACUUAAGUAAUAUACAUAGUUGAAAUUCCAACGAAAAUCAUGUUUGAAGAAGCAGACAAUUUUGCAGAUAUAUUUAGAGGCGGGCUACCUUAUUACUUACUCUUCGCUCUGCCUAUACUAAUAAUUUGUUCAUCGAAUCCUGUUAUUGCAUCUAGUGAAUUUGCAGUGCAAAGAAUGUCUCAAUAUGAUAUAAAUGGAGUUUCAUAUGGUUGCCGAUCAUCUGCAAUAUCUCUCGAAGCGAAAUCGAUAUAUACUUGGAGUACGGCGAGGCACUGCGUAGUGGCUAGAUUGCAGGAGUUAUCGAUAGAUCAAUUUAAUGAAAUACGACAGAAAGCCGGUGGACUAAUUAUUUUGUUACCGAAAAACUAUACUAGUCUUUCGUUUGAAGAAAAACAGUAUAUAACUAUGCUUGAACAAGCUAUGCUUUCACAACCAAACUCCAUACCAAUUUAUUUCUCCGAAUACAAUGAAAAUUUGGACAAAAUUAUGUCGGACAUAUAUCACAGUACAAGUGUUAAUAACAGUUUUAAUGCCAAUAAAAAUAUAAACAAACGUGAUUCUGCUAUAUCGGAAAUCUUUUCAUCAAUAUCAGCAAAUGGAUAUCAAAUAGUUGUAACCGGUGCCACUCAUGUAAACAAUAAGAAUAGCAAAAUUCCAAUAAUACAAGGCGAACUAGCACCAAAUAAAAAUGUUAAACAAGUUGAAGGUGCCGUUGAUCCUAAUACUAAACUUCCAUUAAUAGUGGUGGCAGCACAUUUGAAAACAUUUGGUCUUUAUAAUGAAUACCCAGUAAAUGCUGAUGUAGCAAUUUUAAUGACCAUUGCUGAUCUUUUUAGUAAAAUGCAUAAUAGACAUAAUUCCGCACCAAAAUAUCGUUUAAUGUUUUUAUUAUCGGAAUCUGGACCAUUACUUAAUUUCCAAGGCAUCAAAAAAUGGCUCGAUGAAAAUGUGCAAUUACAAAAUGUCGAUUUUGUUCUUUGCUUGGACACAAUAGCAUUACCUCAAUCACCAAAAGAUGCAACCUCAAUUUAUAUGCACGUAUCAAAACCACCAAAGGAAGGCACCCCAGUUAAUAAUUUCUACAAAUUGCUCAAAACUUUGGGAACCGCAACAAACAAUAUAACCAUUGAAGGCGUACAUAAGAAAAUAAACUUGGCUGAUCAAUAUCUUGCCUGGGAACAUGAAAGAUUUAGUAUGAAACGCUUGCCAGCAUUUACACUUUCAACAUUAAAAUCGUCAAAAGAUCCCAUUCGUACAACAAUAUUUAGAGAUAAUGAUGAUGAAAUAAUAGCGCAAGCACAAAUAAAUGCGAAAAUUAUUGCAGAAGCACUGGCACGUCAUAUUUACCAUAUAGAAGAAGAAGAGGGAGAAAUAUUUUCGGGCACAACUGAAAUUAAUGCAAAGCUGGUUAAAUCAUAUUUUAAUGUAAAAUCUGCGCUACAUAAUGACGAUCUUAAAAAUGGUUUUGAAAAAUACCUCAAAAAUGUUAAAAUAAUAUACGAUAAACCUGACGUACGAGAACCAGAUUUCAUGUUCUAUGAGGGCCAGUAUGCAAAAUUAAAUAUUUAUCGCGUUAAACCAGCAGUAUUUGACUUAUUUUUAACUAUAGUAAUAUGUGCAUAUCUCUUGUCUGUGUAUUUGUUCAUACAAAAUUUCCCAAAUAUUUACGACAUCGUUUGUAAAAUGACUAAAGUACAAGCAAUUACAAAUUCUAAUUCUAAUCAUACAGAACGUUUGAAAUCAAAACAGAAUUAAUAAAAUAAAAUAAAAAAAAAUAGUCAAA